ACCAUAAGGGACGCGGAUCAGAAUCUAAUUCCACGAAUAAAAUCUUUUAUCCUCAGUAUCUCCUUUUACCAGUAUAUUUGGUAGUCGCAUAUAUAUUCGACGCUUUUUCGCUAACAAUCGUUAAGAUGGAAAAUCACACCAAUAAUAAGAGAUGUCGAGUUAAAUAUAUAGAAGGAGAGAAGCAAGGAGAAUGUGAUACAGUUUGUUCUAGUAGAAUUAAAAAUCACGAUUUUAAAAAUUGCGUUUUCCAAAAGAAUUUGAAGUACAAAUUAAUGGAGGAAACUGAUGAAACAAAAAUUACAAGAGUCCAAAUAAUAUUUGUAACCGAAACCCAAAAAGAAAUGGAUAAAAAGCUUGAAACGACAAGGAUUGUAUCUGCUCCAGCUAAAUUACUUGAAUCAGAUCAAGCAAGUGACAGCGACAACAAGAUUGCUCCAUGUCAAAGUACAAGCAGAAAUAAUAAAACUAGAUCUACUUUCAAGGUAAUAAUUUAUAGAUAAU